UCUCUGUUCUAUCUCGUUCUCUUUCUAACUCGUUUUUUAAUGUGUUGCAGGCCGCUCGAACACAUGAUGGGCUCGUGUAUCAAGAGGGGUUUAUAAUGAACUCAUGUGGGUUGAAGCUUUUCACGUGCGAAUGGCUUCCAAAGGAUAAGGAACCAAAGGGCUUGAUCUUUAUCUGCCAUGGGUACGCGAUGGAAUGCAGCAUCACCAUGAACAGCUCUGCAAUUCGGCUUGCAAGGGCAGGGUUUGCGGUUUAUGGGAUUGAUUACGAAGGCCAUGGGAAAUCAGAUGGGCUGCAAGGCUAUAUUACAAGCUUUGAUCAUGUGGUGGAGGAUUGCUCCAAUCACUUCACAGCCAUUUCUGAAAGGAAAGAGAACAUGGGCAAAAGAAGGUAUCUAUUAGGGGAGUCAAUGGGAGGGGCAGUGGCUCUGUUAUUGCACAGAAAGAAGCCAGAUUAUUGGGAUGGUGCUGUCUUGGUUGCACCAAUGUGUAAAAUUGCAGAGGAUGUUAAACCAAAGCCAGUUGUUGUAAAUAUACUGACAAAGCUUUGUAAAGUGAUACCCACAUGGAAGAUAAUUCCAACCCAAGAUAUCAUUGAUGUGGCUUUCAAGGUUCCUGAGAUUAGACAUCAGGUCAGAAAUAAUCCUUAUUGUUUCAAAGGGAGGCCUCGUUUGAACACUGGAAAUGAACUUCUAAGGAUCAGUUUAGAUCUCGAGAAACGACUCGAAGAGGUUUCGUUACCGUUCAUAAUCCUCCACGGGGAGGCGGAUCGAGUGACCGAUAUAUCGGUGAGCAAGCAACUCCUUGAGAAGGCGUCGAGCUGGGACAAGAGCUUGAAGACAUAUCCAGAGAUGUGGCAUGGAUUGCUGUAUGGAGAGACAGUUGAAAACAUUGAUGUUGUGUUUGCUGACAUAAUUGGUUGGUUGGAAGAAAGAUGUGGUUUGGGAAAUUCAAGGAUUGAGAAACAGCUCAAGACAGAAUCUGAUGAUCUUCAAACCAAAUAAAAUAUGAUAUUUGUAAGAACUCAAUGUGUUGUACUCUUCAAUAAAG